UUCUCGCGAGAGGCCGGGAUUUAUUCCUACGUGCGGUGCCGUGCUGCUCAUGGCGGCGCUGGAGCGGGGGCGCUGAGCUGUUGGGUAUGAAGUGAAACAGAACAGAAUUUACCACCUGAAACUGCUGCUUCAAGUUCAGAUCAGGAAAAGAAUAUACCGCAUCGUAACAACAACUCAAGACCAAAGAAUAGGAAACUUACACUGAAGACACAAGGCUUGAUCUGAAACCAGAAGUUUGUGCCUACUCAACAGCUUCAAAAGAGCACGUCCCAACGCUGCUAGUAGUCUUUGUUUUCUCCAGUGCUGUAUUGAAACUGCCCAGGGCAGCAGCGCUUGUAUUCUUUAUUAGUGUGCUCUCUCUUUCUCUUUUUUUUUUUUUUUCUUUCUAUCUUUCUUCUUUUCUCUCUCUGUGUCAAUAGCAGUCUUCAUCCUUUGAAACUUCGUACUGAAGCGGAAGAAUCGGCGAAUACUACUGAAAGUGCAAUAUUUGAAUAUCACUGCGAGAUGAGCUUUGAUCCAAACCUUCUCCACAACAAUGGACACAAUGGGUACCCCAAUGGUACUUCGGCCGCGCUGCGCGAGACUGGCGUUAUAGAGAAACUGUUGACUUCGUAUGGAUUCAUUCAGUGCUCAGAACGGCAGGCUAGACUGUUCUUCCACUGCUCACAGUAUAAUGGCAACUUACAGGAGCUCAAAGUAGGAGAUGAUGUUGAAUUUGAAGUGUCUUCUGAUCGCCGAACUGGAAAACCCAUUGCUGUUAAAUUGGUGAAGAUCAAACCAGAAAUAUUACCUGAAGAACGAAUAAAUGGACAAGUUGUGUGUGCUGUUCCUCACAAUUUAGAGAGUAAAUCUCCAGCUGCCCCGGGUCAGAGUCCAACAGGGAGUGUAUGCUACGAACGUAAUGGGGAAGUAUUUUACCUGACUUACACUCCAGAAGAUGUUGAAGGAAAUAUUCAGCUGGAAACAGGAGAUAAAAUAAACUUUGUAAUUGAUACAAAUAAACAUACUGGUGCUGUAAGUGCUCGUAACAUUAUGCUAUUAAAAAAGAAACAAGCCCGUUGUCAAGGAGUAGUCUGUGCCAUGAAAGAAGCCUUUGGAUUUAUUGAGAGGGGUGAUGUCGUGAAGGAGAUAUUCUUUCACUACAGUGAAUUUAAAGGUGACCUAGAAGCCUUACAGCCUGGUGAUGAUGUGGAGUUUACAAUCAAAGACAGAAAUGGUAAAGAAGUUGCAACAGAUGUAAGACUGCUGCCUCAAGGAACUGUCAUCUUUGAAGACAUCAGCAUAGAACACUUUGAAGGAACUGUAACCAAAGUAAUUCCAAAAGUACCCAGCAAAAACCAGAAUGAUCCAUUACCUGGCCGCAUCAAAGUUGAUUUUGUGAUUCCUAAAGAACUUCCAUUUGGAGACAAAGAUACAAAAUCCAAGGUGACUUUGCUGGAAAGUGACCACGUUCGAUUCAAUAUUUCGACAGACAGACGUGACAAACUGGAACGAGCCACCAAUAUUGAGGUUCUCCCCAAUACUUUCCAGUUUACUAAUGAAACUAGGGAAAUGGGAGUGAUUGCUGCGAUGAGAGAUGGCUUUGGCUUCAUUAAGUGUGUUGACAGGGAUGCUCGCAUGUUCUUUCACUUCAGUGAAAUUAUGGAUGGAAACCAACUCCAUAUUUCUGAUGAAGUAGAGUUUACUGUGGUUCCUGAUAUGCUGUCUGCCCAAAGAAAUCAUGCUAUAAGGAUUAAAAAACUCCCAAAAGGCACAGUUUCUUUCCACACCCAAUCAGAUCACCGUUUUGUGGGCACUAUAGACAAAGAAGCCACUCCAGCCAAAGCCACUAGCCCAAAUAAAGGCAAAGAGAAGGAAGCUGAAGAUGGAAUAAUUGUUUAUGAUGACUGUGGAGUAAAACUGACCAUUCCUUACCAGGCCAAGGAUGUGGAAGGAUCUGCUAAUCCCCAGAUAGGAGAUAAGGUUGAGUUCAGUGUUUGUGAAGUGAAGAGAACUGGUCUGCAAACAGCAGUUUCUGUCAGAAUGCUUGGACGCAAUUACACUUCCAAGAGACUUUUGGGAUACGUGGCAGCCCUGAAGGAUAACUUUGGGUUUAUUGAAACAGCCAAUCAUGAUAAGGAGAUCUUCUUCCACUACAGUGAGUACUGUGGUGAUAUUGAUAGCCUGGAACUUGGAGACACAGUUGAAUACAGCUUGUCGAAAGGCAAAGGAAACAAAGUUAGUGCAGAAAAGGUGAACAAAACGCAUGCAGUGAAUGGUAUCACUGAAGAAGCUGAUCCAACUGUUUACUCUGGUAAAGUAAUUCGUCCUUUGCGGAGUGUAGAUCCAACACAGACUGAAUACCAGGGCAUGAUUGAAGUCAUGGAGGAUGGUGAAAUGAAAGGAGAAUUCUAUCCAUUUGGAAUUGUUGGAAUGGCAAACAAAGGUGACUGUCUGCAGAAGGGAGAGACAGUAAAGUUCCAGCUGUGUGUUCUUGGUCAGAAUGGGCAGACAAUGGCUGUCAACAUCACACCGUUCCGCAGAGCCACUGUGGAAUGUGUGAAAGACCAGUUUGGUUUCAUUAACUAUGAAGUGGGUGACAGCAAAAAGCUCUUCUUCCAUGUCAAAGAAGUACAGGAUGGUGUGGAACUACAAGCUGGGGAUGAAGUGGAGUUCUCAGUAAUUCUGAACCAGCGCACAGGGAAAUGCAGUGCCUGUAACGUGUGGCGUGUCUGUGAAGGCGCUAAGGCUGUUGCUGCUCCACGUCCAGAUAGACUUGUUAAUCGUUUAAAGAACAUUAAUCUGGAUGAUGCCAAUGCUCCUCGUCUAACAGUUCUUCGUCAGCCCAGGGGACCGGAUAACUCAAAGGGAUUUGGUGCAGAGAGAAAGAUCCGUCAAGCUGGUGUUAUAGACUGAUCAACAAAGCCAAUGCCUGAAGGAUGAAAAGUGGUGGGGGCUGAUGAAGGGUACUGAAUAUCUCCCUAUUCAUCCCUUCCAAAUUUUAAGAAGCUAUGAAGCUAUUACACCAGUUUUAACACCUUCUCAUGUUAUGUUUAAAAUAAAUUUAUGAAACCAUUUUAAAAUUAUGCACAGUUGCAUUCUGGAGAACUUCAGGUGGCGCCUUAUAGUAUCACAUUUUAGAAGCUUGUUUUGAAUGGUGCAUUUAACGCAACUGGUAACUGCAAAUCUACAUUGCCUAUGUGAGUAAACAUUAUAGACAGCUCUACUCUGGUAGACCUUAUGGAAUUCUGCACUACAUUUACCUAUGCUUUCUUUGUUACCUUGGCCAAGGUAUUUUACUAUGCCUUAGUAUUCAGUUGCGUUACGUCUUUCCUUCGAAGUGGAUGUGGAAAGCUCACUUCUGCUCACUCUGCUCAAAUUCUGAGGACCAUAGGAGGGUGGAGACUAAGUUCAGUUUGAUAGAAGAUCUGUAUGAACAUUCAGAUAACUUAAGAUGAUGGCUAGAUGUUACUUUGUUUUCAUAUUUCAUUUAAUUUUGAAUCCUUUAGCCAGCGAAGUUGUGUUAGAGCUCAGUGAAAGUCUCUUUCUGGGGUAGACAUUUUUUGUAGUGUUCUGAAAUGCCUGCAGUGCAGAAUUUCAUAAGGCUGAGGCGUGCCAUCAGUGUGGUAAUUUAAAUAUAUUUAAAACAAUGCACAAGUUUGCUGCUGCUUAGAACACUGCAGCUUCUAAACCCAGUUUCUUUUACUGAUUUAAAUUUACAAAGAAAGAAAUUGUGCCUGAAGUGAAUCCUUUUUUUUUUUUUUCUUUGCAGCCGGCACCCAGUGUACUGUAAAAGAAUAAAUACUUAGGCUUUCCAUAGCUGUAUUGAAACUUUCAUCAAGGUGAAAUAGUUGAUGUCUGUGUGCUUCCCUCCCCCUUCCCUCCCCACCUCCCAUCCUCUUCCCCCGUUUCCUUGGUCACACUUUAUCAAGCAAGAAAACUGAAUGAUUGGUCUAAGUAUUACUUUACCAAAAAAGAUCAGGAGUUCCUUUCUUUGAAUAGAGGGCAGUACUGUGGUUUUUUGUUUUUUUUUGUUUUGUUUUGUUUUCAUGUUACCUCUAUUCUCAAUUUAGGGUUUUCUUCUCUGGGAGAUGCAUUAUCUUUGUAAAACAAACAUUGCUUUCUCCAAUUUUUUCUGUUAAUGGCAAAGAAUGGAAAUAGAAUAAAGUUUUACUGAUUUUGAACAA